GCCGCGGCGGGCGGGGCUCUGCGGGUCCGGGGCCGCCAGGGGGCGCCGCGUGGCUCUGUCAUCCCCGCAGUUCGGCGGCUGCUCGGGGCGGUGCGGGGAAGGGCCGCGUCCCGCGGGGUCUCGGCGGCGCCAUGGGGAAGCGGGACAACCGCGUGGCUUAUAUGAAUCCCAUAGCUAUGGCCAGAGCGCGAGGUCCUGCCCCAAAUUCAGGACCAACAAUACAAGACUACUUGAACAGGCCAAGACCAACGUGGGAAGAAGUGAAGGAACAACUAGAAAAGAAAAAGAAAGGAUCCAGGGCUUUGGCUGAGUUUGAGGAAAAGAUGAAUGAGAAUUGGAGGAAAGAACUGGAAAAACACAGGGAGAAGUUAAUGGGUGGAAAUGAGAGUUCCUCCAAAAAGAAAGAGAAAAAGAAAAAGGAAAAGAAGAAAUCUAAUAGGUUGUCUUCAUCUUCCUCUUCUUCAUCAAGCUCUGAUUCUUCCAGCAGUUCAUCUGACUCAGAAGAUGAGGAUAAAAAACCGGGGAAGAAGAAAAAGAAAAAGAAGUAUCGCUCCUCAAGGAAAUCUUCAGCAAGCUCAACUUCUGAAUCUGAGUCAGACAGCAAGGACAGCACAAAAAAGAAAAGGUCCAAGGAAGAUUAUGAAAAAGAGAAGGAAGGCAAAAAUCACCGCAGGAAAAGGAAGAAAGCCGAUCGUGUUGAUGGACCUUUAUCAUCAGAAUCCAUGUCGGAAUCGGAUCAGACAGAGGAGGUGCAAGCAAAAAAGAAGAAAAACAAUGAGGAAAAAGAGAAAACAGAUAAAACAAAAAAGAGAAAGAAGCACAAGAAACAUGGUAAAAAGAAGAAAAAGAAGAUUACUGGUUCAAAUUCGGAUUUGGAAUAAUAUUUUUAAAAACUCAAGAUUAUCAACAGAAGUGCAAUGACUAAAGGAAACU